AUGGCGGAGGCGGGAAAAGUGCCCUUGAGCCUCGGGCUUGCAGGAGGAGAAGCGACAGAGUGGCCUCUGCAGCGGUAUGCCCGCUGCAUACGCUCAAACAACAGAGACCCACCUGGGCCACGCUUGGAAGCUGGGACAGUCCCCUCCCCCACAUGGAAGGUUUUUGAUUCCAAUGAAGAAUCUGGGCAUCUUGUUCUCACCAUAGUUAUAUCAGGUCAUUUCUUCAUUUUCCAAGGACAGACACUACUGGAAGGAUUUUCACUCAUUGGCAGCAAAGACUGGUUGAAGAUUGUAAGACGUGUGGAUUGUCUGUUGUUUGGAACAACGAUAAAGGACAAGAGUCGCCUGUUUCGAGUGCAGUUCAGUGGAGAGUCGAAGGAGCAGGCGCUGGGACACUGCUGCAGUUGUGUGCAAAAGCUGGCGCAAUACAUAAUCAUUCAGGAGCCUGAUGGAAACAUCCAGGAGCUGCAGCUGAAUCCUGGCCCACCCCAGGCAAGUGAAAGUCAAGGGAAGGACUCUGCAAAGAGUGUCCCAUGGCAGCAUGGAUCCCACCAGCACUCAGAACAGCAGGUGUGUGUAAAGGCGGGCACAGGCACUCCAGACGGAAGGACCUCACUGACAAAGUUAGCUCAGACACUUCUGGCCUCCGAGGAGCUGCCCCGUGUCUAUGAACAAUCUGCAUGGGGUGCAGAAGAAUUAGGCCCCUUCCUCCAUCUGUGCCUCAUGGAUCAGAAUUUCCCAGCAUUUGUGGAAGAGGUAGAAAAGGAACUUAAAAAGCUGGCGGGGUUGAGAAAUUAAUUCUCUGUAUACAUAUAAUUAAUGAACUUCAAAGUAUUGAAUGCUUCCUCCUAAAA